CAUGGCGUCGCCCUGCGUGGGACCGCCGCCUCCGGGCUAAGAGCUCUCUCCCGCUGUCCGACGCUGAGGAGCUGCGGCGCUGGCCGCUGCCCACCCAAGCCGGUCGAGGAGGACUGCUCGCAGCGCAGUGAGGGGUGCGGCCUCGGAGGGGCAGAGGCUGAACCGCUCUGCCCGACGCGCAUCCUCCCCGCCUCCGCCGCGGCGCCAGCCCCCGUCAGAUUCCCGGCCGAGCGGCAGGAAGGAGGACGCCGACUCCGCUGCAGAAGAGAGUCUGCCAAACCUCCUGAAAAUAGUCAUUUCUUUUGAUCCCUGGAUUAACAUCCAGGAAAGUGAAUGAACUUAAUUGAGAAUGUCUGAAAACCUUGACAAGUCCAAUAUAAACGAAGAAGGAAAAUCAAAAUCAAAUGAUUCUGAGCAAGGCCUUGAAGAUGCUGUGGAAAGUUCUGAUGAAGCUUUACAGAAAAUAAAGUCGGGCUCUCCUAGCACCCAAAGAGUGCAAAGACCUCACUCUAGUCCUCCUCGAUUCGUGACAGUAGAAGAACUUCUAGAGACAGCAAAAGGAGUAACUAACAUGACCAUAGCCCAUGAAAUUGUCAUAAAUGGAGACUUUCGGAUUAAACCAGUUGAAUUACCAGAAGACAGCUUGGAGAAGAAAGUAAAGGAUAUUGUACAUAAAGCUUUUUGGGAUUGCUUGAGUGUCCAGUUAUGUGAGGACCCCCCAACUUAUGACCGGGCCAUCAAGCUUGUUGGUGAGAUCAAAGAGACGCUCUUAUCUUUCUUGCUGCCUGGUCACACUAGACUGAGAAACCAGAUAACAGAAGUCUUGGAUCUGGAUCUGAUAAAGCAGGAGGCAGAGAAUGGGGCCUUGGACAUUUCCAAGCUGGCAGAAUUCAUUAUUGGCAUGAUGGGGACACUGUGCGCACCUGUUCGAGAUGAGGAAGUGAAGAAACUAAAGGACAUUAAGGAAAUAGUGCCCCUUUUCAGGGCAAUUUUUUCCGUGUUGGACCUAAUGAAAGUGGAUAUGGCAAACUUUGCUGUCAGUAGCAUUAGGCCACAUCUCAUGCAGCAGUCAGUUGAAUAUGAAAGGAAGCAGUUUCAAGAGUUUUUGGAGAAGCAUCCAAAUUCCCUGGACUUUGUCACCCAGUGGCUGGAAGAAGCCGCAGAUGACCUUAUGAAUCAGAAGUAUAGAAAUGCCCUGCCGGCUGUGGGAGAGGCCUCUGGCUCUGGGGACAGUCCCGGGCCAGAUCCUGUUGCUGUCCAGAACUAUGCGUACCUGAAGCUUCUGAAGUGGGACCACCUCCACAGACCUUUCCCUGAAACAGUUUUGAUGGACCAUUCUCGCUUCCAAGAGUUCCAGCUCCAGCUGGAGCAGUUGACCGUCCUGGGGGCUGUGUUGCUGGUCACGUUCAGCAUGGCAGCCCCAGGAAUUUCCAGCCGGGCCGACUUUGCUGAGAAACUCAAGAUGAUUGUGAAGAUUCUGCUCACAGAUAUGCAUCUGCCCUCCUUCCAUCUGGAGGAUGCCCUGACUACCGUUGGGGAGAAAGUCUGCCUGGAGGUGAGCAGCUGCCUUUCCCUGUGCGGAUUCAGCCCCCUCACCACGGACAAAGAGGCCGUGCUCAAGGGCCAGAUCCAGGCCAUGGCCAGUCCUGACAACCCCAUCCGCAGGAUCGUGGAUUCCCGAAUCCUGACCUUCUUAGAAACCUACCUUGUCUCCAGUCAUCAGAAGCCAUUGCCCACAGCCCCAGGGGGAUUAGGUCCAGUUCAAACAGAGCUGGAGGAAGUUGCCAUUAACUUCGUGCGCCUGGUCAACUAUAACAAGAUGGUCUUCAGUCCCUACUAUGAUGCGAUCCUCAGUAAGAUCCUUGUCAGACCCUAACGCUUGUGCUCCCUGCAGCAGCAGUGUUACCCACUUGACCUGUUCUCAGCUGUAGUGUUGCUUUGGAAAAUGGCUGCUUAGUACCUUUCUAUUUAACAGCACUGAUGCCAAAAGGAAGAGUAUUGUGUAUCACUGUUGAAAAGGCUUGUUUUGAGGGUUUGUGUUUAUGAGUGCAAGUUUACAAAUCAGAGAAGCUUUUCGUUAUCGUGAGUUUUGUAGGUAGCACUCAGCUUUUGACGGGUGGACUGCCGUGUGUCUCCACCCACACCCUAUCAUGAUCGUAGCUGCCUCGUCUCUCCCAGGAGCCUGGGACCUCUUCUGCCAUCUGGCUCGCUUUUCUUUCAGACACCCAAGAGUAUCUGACAGCCACCCCAGAGUGAACAGAACCAGGCCUUGAUGCGUUUAGACCCUUGCCCGUCUCUUGCCCAGCCCAGCCCUCCUUCCUCCAGGUAUUUUGUGUUGGAAGGACUUUAUAUAGUCUUACUGCCUCCACACACCUCCCGCACCCACUGUUUAUUGCUUUCUCCCUGCCUGGGCUAGCUGGAGCCCCAGAACCCUUUUGUUCUAGAGGAGAGUUAUUUGAUUUUAAAAAGCUUACUUGUUUAUACAAAAUUACUUCUGAGCCUGGAUGAUAGCAGUUAUGGGAUCUAGAGAAAGGAAAAUUCUGUGACUUUUAUGCCUUGAAAGUCAAGGAGAAAUUUUUUUUUUUAAUAUAUGUUAGUGUAAUAUACAGAAGAGGACAGAUGUCUGAAGUUCUUACUGAAAAGUUCACUCUGAUACAAUACAUAGAUGUAUUGAUUGGAUUCGAAUUCCAGCAUUGGAUUUAAGUGUUUUCAGGUAAAAUAGCGUCAGCUCACUUAUUUCUUGGAUAACGAAGUUAUAGGAGAUCCCUGGUUUUUGAGCAGUAUUUAUUGAGGAACUUCAGUGACCAGAAUUCCUGACAUAUCCUGUGACUGAAAGGGUAGCUUGGCUCUCACAGGUGACCUGUUCUGUUAAAAAAAAUAAAAUGUGCGCAUGUGCCUGUGUGUAUUUUAGACAGGGACAUUUUGUUAGAAACAGAGCCAUGAAGUUGUUGGGCGAUCUCCAGUUCCCAGAAUCAUGCAAGGAAUCCCUUCAUUCAAGCCGAUGAGCGCUGGGGUGGAGCUGGGGACAGCGUUGGGGAAACAUCCACCCUGUACACUGUCUAGUGAUGCGAGGCUUCAGAGGAGUGAAGGUUAUACUGGGAAUGUGAUUUCUCCAAGUAUUUGCUUCUAAUAUUUUUACUUGCAGUCAGAAAUGUAUGCUGGGUUACGUGGUCAGAGGUCAUAUUAAUAAAGUUUAGGCUGAAGGACAAAUCCUCCAAGGUUUCACUGGAAGGGGAUGAAAGCUCGGUAAGUAGAACUUUUAAAGAACAAAAUCACAUCUUUUGUAGCUUAUUCAAUGAGGUCACCUCUGGAAUUGUUUCUGGAGAUAAGGCUGCUGUGGAAGCUGUGCUCACUGGUUGUAGAGUAUGAGGUUCCUGGGGGCAGCACUCUUGCUUGCCUCAGCCUCAGUGUUUGGGUCCCUCCCUCCGCAGCCAAGGAUGCCGGAGAGGAGCGUUACCCUCACAGAUGCAGGGUGGGUCACCAGCUCCUGCAGCCAUUUUCCCUAAAUCUCAAAGUUUCUUCAUUUUGAUUUCUUUUGUAAGAGUUAACUCUUAGGUGAUUUUUUUCUUUCUUUUCCCUCAUGGGUUCCUACAUAGAGUGAAGUUUGAACACUUUGAAAUCUUGAUGCCUAUAUAACAGGGAGCUUCACAGACUCCUGUGGCCCCCACUACCUCAGUGUCCACUGGUGGAAUUCUACAGAAGCCAGAAUGAAGACGGCAGAGUUCAGAAUCACAAUAUUCAUAUUGAAUCAUUUUGUUGCUGCUCUUUGAAGAUAAGUGAGCUAGUUUUCUUCCUGGAAUCUCAUAGGAUUAUCACUAAGGGCCAGGAAAAUUCAUUUAGUUCAUUUAGUCACUCAGGAAACAUUUGCUAAGCAUCUACUUAGAACUCCCCCCUACAGCUCUCCCUCCAAGACAGAAAUAGCUUUGGCGUAUACAUUAUCCUUCAGAAUUGAAUUGGGUUAUAUACUGCAUACUGAUUGCAUUUGAUGUGGUUUCCUGCCUAACAGGUUUGUGGAAAACAUGUCUUGUGGAAGUGCUGAGUUUAUUGGGCACUAGUAUUUCACUGCAGGUGGGUAGAACUGAUUGCCUUGAGAGUUGGGUUGAUAUCAGCAGGUCAGGUAGAUUUCUUUGAUAGUCUCCUGAAUGAAUGAAUGAAUGAAUGUCUAGAGCGGUGACUGCUGCCUUGUCAGCUCUCAACUGAUUGGGUGGAUUCUCACUCUACAUAUGUAUAUUUUUUAAUCUUAUUCUAAAGCAAGCUGUAAAAUGUGAUCGUUUAUGUAGCCCUUUAUAAAUAUACUUCAGGUCAGAGUUACACUGAUAUAUCUUACUGAUUAAUGCAGUGGACAGGUGUGUAGGAAUUUUUUUCUCUGUGAAGAGAAGUUAUUAAAAAGUUUGACUCAAUAGGCACAUAAUGUGCACAUACUGGCUGACAAUUCUGAAUGGAUUAUUUAGCAGUUCUGUUUUUGUGGCUUAUUUUACUUUCUCCAGAGUCUUAAGAUACCUGGGAAUAGAGCAGCCUACUUUCCUGGUGAAUUUCAAAGGGAGGGAAUAGGUGUUUGCUGUUUGAUUUCCAGUGACAUUUUGGCAUGCCCUGAUUUCUGUGUAUAACAUUUGUAUUUCUUUUAAUUUUGAGGCAGGGUGGUAGAGUGGAAAGACUGGGAGCUGUCAAGAAACCAGAGUUUUGAUCCUAUUUCUGUUACGUGAUUAGCUCGAGCAAAUCAGGACCCAUUUCCAGUACUUAUAAAAUGAAAGGACUGGAUUUAACCUUACAAGCCUUUCCAAGUCUGACAUUCUGUAGUAAAUCUGACUGGACUUAAUAACUUAAGUAGACUGCAGUAGGAUUGUGCAGAAAGUUCCUGAUUUAGAGGAAGAUCUGGGUUGAGUUUUUCCUCUGUUGCCUUCUUGCAAGGUUAUGUGAUGUUGGGCUAAUCAUUCUUCCUUGGGCUCUGUAUUUUCACCCGUAAAAUGAGCAUACUCCUAACUCACACUUCCUGGGAGGAUUAAAUUUGAUAAUGGAUAUUAGAAUGCUUUGUACAUGCAAAAGGACUAUGAAUGACUUUAUUAGCAACAAAGGAGAGCAUAUAACCCUGCCUGUAGGUGCAUAUCUGUUAUCAUGACAGAUUCGACUGUUGGUGCCCAACCUCCCUUCAGUCAAGCACAUUUUACAGGCCUGUAGGGAAGGUUUUCCUCCUGUCCUGUCCCAAGACUGUUAUUUUCUUUUCUCAUCUCUUCUGUGCUAGAGCUGCAAUCUUACUUUUCAUAUGUGCUGCCGUUCACUCCACCCCAGUGGUUUCUCCCCAUUUCCACCUCUAUAUCAUUUGAAGUAAAUGAAUGCAUCAAUGAACAAAUGAGUGGAUGACUGAAUGGUAGUGGACGAUGGGCUAUGAAACUCAUAUUAAAAGGCACUAUCUCAUUGAAAACAUAAUCUAAAUAAAGAAUUACAGUGAUGUUUGCAAUUGUGUAUUUAUAUUGGGUUUUAUAUUGUAUACCUAUUUUAAUGGAUUGCCUUUUUAUUCACAGUAUUCAAAGCAACUUCAUGGGAUGGGGGAGGGGAAAACCUUUAGGCCUAAAAGCCUCUAUUAACCUAUGAAAUGUUCACUGACACUUUCAGAAAAAGCUAGAAGUGUCAGAAAUCUGAACAGGCAGAAUUUUACUUAAAACUGCCCCUAGUGUGGGUUUCUGUCAUACUGUGUUGCCUUCUGAACUAAUCUAUAGGCCUGAUUUGAUGGAAUGUCACUUAAUUUAGUAAUCAGAUGUGUCUGGAGUUGGUAGCAAUAGUCAGAUUUCACCAUUUUUGUGUUUGUUUUAUCUGAACUAAGCAUUGAGAACCUUUAAGUGCAACUUCUGACUUAAAAGCAACCUUAAAAUCGAAGUAACACUUUUUUUUUUCCUUUCUAAUUCUUGUUGCCUCUGCUUUUUAAAGUACUGUCUGCUGUAAGCUCGAAGCAGAAAUUUGGUCAGGGCUCAGACGGGGAAGAAAAUUUAGUAAACUGAAUUGGUUUUUUGGACUUUUAUUCCCAGAGACUGGUAAGCUCACUUCUGUUGAAUAUUUAAGUUUUUACUUAGUAAUGUGGUACCUGAGUUUUGUUACUUGGUAUGAAUUACCUUUCAAGACUUCUGAAAUUUUUACUAAAUGAAAUAUAACUUCACUUGCUGAACGUCACAGUCAAGUAAGAACUACCAACUUUAAUGAAGUUUGCUUUGGGAACUGAAAUGUAAAAACCAGAAUUUAUGAGAAGCCCGCUCACCGCAACGAAGAGUAGCCCCCCCGCUCGCCGCAACUAGAGAAAGCCCACGUGCAGCAACGAAGACCCAGCGCAGCCAAAAAUAAAUAAAUAAAUUUAUUUUUUUAAAGAAAGCAUAUCCAAUAGAGGAUUAUAAAAUUACCAAAUAAAUUAAUAAUUAUUGCCCAAGGUCAAUAUGUUGACAAAAGUGGUAUAUUUUUUCAUUCUUUUCCAGUGGUACAAUUUGAUCAGUUUUAUAUUUACUAGGUAGCUAUAACCUUUUACUUUACUAUGUGUGGCAACAUAGGUAAAAUCUCUCGUUCGAAAUUUAGUGCUAAAAGCCAGAGUUUGACUGAUCUUUGUUUAGGGAGCAUUUAUGGUCCUUAAAUUUUAUCCAGUUCUAGAAUUGUGGGGAGAUGCUGUCAUUGUUUUUAUAAAGAGGAAAGAUAUGGAUAUCUCUUGGUAAUUUCUCUGGGUCCAGCAAUAUGGAUAUAUGAGAGACCUUGGACACAUAGGACUGGCUAUAUAUACCAUGAGAGUCUGCAGAUAGAUUUCCAAAAAUAAUUUCAGAUUUCUAACAUCAUGCUACUUGUUCACUGUGUUUACAAAAGGAAUUAUCAAACAUUCAGACAAAAUCAUACUAAAAACUAAAAGUUCAUAUAUAUAUCAGGUAGAACAUUAGAAAAUAUUUUCUUAAGAAAUAAUCCUUUUUUAAGUUUAAAGGUCAUAUAAUUUCUAGGGGAAAAAGUCUUAGAAAUGAAUGUAGUAGGAGCAGUUGUAAUACACAUAAUGGCCUUAACAGUCCUUAGCAGCACUUUUCCCCAAGGUAGGUAGGGGUGUACGUGUGUGUUUUCUUAUUACAAUGCUAAAAAAAAAAAAAAAAAAAAAGGUAUUUUU